GCCCCGGAGAGCGCGCCCCGGCGCAGCCUAGGAAGCGCCGCCCGCGCCGCCCGCCUGCGUCCGGGGAAGAGCGGCGCCGGGGGAGCGAGCCAUGCCCGCAGCCGGAGCGUAGCCUCCCGGGCCGCUCCCGGGAGCCGCGGGCCGGGCCGGGCCGGGCCGGGCGCGCGACAAGAGCAGCUCCGCGCCGCACCCACCGCGCGCCAAGGACCAUGCCGCCCCCGGGCCGGGCGCCGCCGCUCGGGCUCCUGCUGGCGCUGACUGCGCUCCGGUGCCCAGUGGCGGAGAGCCGCGGAGUCGCCGACAGCCUGCAGAGGUUCUCCUCGCUGCCCGCCUACCUCCCCGCCAGCCUCCACGUCGCAGACGCGGACGAGUCCUUCUUCCUCAAAGAAGCCGACCAGGACGUCACCCGGAACGCCAGCCUGCAGGCGCGCGUGGAGCCCUUCUUCGUGUACCGGGCCCGGGCGGCGCCGGCGGUCAACGCCAGCUACGGCCCGUUCUCGGCCGAGAAGGCCGUCCCCGAGGAGCUGCUGCUGACCUCCGAGGGCUUCGCCGGCACGGACGCGUUCCCCUUCAACUGGAAGCUGAAGUCCCACGUGCUGGACAGCGCCAUCUACUCCAACAGGCCCAAGGUGCAGACGCUGUUCUACGUGGCCGGCAUGGCCUGGGACGCCGGCGACCCCGCGGGGAAUCUACCCUGUGUCAAGAUGUUCGCCUACCCGGAGGCGCGGGAGGUGGCGGCCAGCUGCCGCCUGCGGGGCGCCCCGGGGCUGUGCGUGGCGGAGCUGGAGCUGCUGCCCGAGUGGUUCAGCUCGGGGCUGGACCUGGAGCCCGAGGAGGAGAUCCCCGCGCUGCUGGGGGGCACGGCCAUGGAGCUGUUCUUCAGCCUCUUCCCGGCCGACCCCGCCGGCCGGUGUCCCCUGGAGGACGACGGCAAGUGGGCCAACAACAUCCACGCGGGCCCGGAGGGGCCGCCGCCGGCGUCGCCGGCCCGGGAGCGCAUCGGCAGCGUGGUGGUCUACCCGACCCAGGACGACCUGCGGUGGUCCCCGCUGAGCCUGGACAAGAACGUCGUGGUCUCCGUGCCCCUGAACCUCGUCCGCGAGGGGGACGUGGCCACCUUCCUGGUGUCUCUGACCGGCGGCUCCGUGGCGGAGCACUUCACGCUCAGGAUCAAGGCUGCGGCCGGUGUGAGAAUCGCGGCGGUGAGGGUCAGCGGCGAAGACCACUGGGCCGUGCAGGAAGAGAUCGACAACGAUGGUGUGGGGACCACGGCCGCCCUCACCUGCGUGGGCCAGCACCUGGACCCGCGGAGCAGGGUGAACGGCUCCUUCUCUGAGAUCUUGCAAGUGGACUUCGGCGUGGACAACAGCAGCGGCCUGGCCGGGGCCCAGGCCAUCACGUGGCAGGUGGAGUACCCGGCGGAGGAGUCCCGGAGCCAGCUGGCCGUCUCCGAGAUCUUCGUCAGCCAGACCAGCUACGUGGGCAUCGUCCCCCUGGCCAUGGACGCGGAGAUCCUGAACACGGCCGUGCUCACCGGGCGGCCGGUCUCCGUCCCCGUCAAGGUGGUGGCCGUGCGGGAGGACGGCUCCGUGGUGGACGUCUCGGAGCCUGUGGAGUGUGCGUCCGCGGACGAAGACGUCGUGAAGGUUUCCGCCGACUGCGACUCCGUGUUCGUGAACGGCAAGGAGAUGAAGGGCAGAGUGGGCACCACCGUGAGCUUCACCCACCAGCAUUUCACCGCCCAGCUGGAGGUCACGGUGUGGGCGCCCCGGCUGCCCCUGCAGAUCGAGGUCUCGGACACAGAGCUGAGCCAGGUCAAGGGCUGGCGGGUCCCCGUGGCCCCCAACAGGAGGCCCACGCGCGAGAGCGAGGACGAGGAGGACGAGGAGCGGCGCGGCCGCGGGUGCGCCCUGCAGUACCAGCGUGCCGCGGUGCGCGUGCUGGCGCAGUUCGUGGCCGAGGCGCCCGGCGCGGGCCCGCCCAGCUACCUGCUGGGCCCCGACUGGCAGCUGGACGUCACCGACCUGGUGGCGGAGUUCCUGACGGUGGAGGACCCGAGGGUCGCCCAGGUAGAGGCCGGCAGGACCCUGGUGGGCCGGGAGCCGGGCAUCACCGCCAUCCAGGUCCUGUCGCCGCUCUCGGACUCCAUCCUGGCGGAGAAGACGGUGACCGUGCUGGAGGACCGCGUCACCAUCGCUGACCUGGGCGUGCAGCUGGUGGCCGGCUUGUCCCUCUCCCUGCAGCCCCACAGGGCGGACCGGAGGGCCAUCGUCUCCACGGUGACUGCCCAGGAGGUCCUGCAGGCCCCCCAGCAGGAAGCCAUAGUCAGCUCCUGGAUCCUGUUCAGCGACGGCGCGGUGACGCCCAUGGACCUUUACGACCCCGAGGACUUCUCCCUGGCGGUCUCCUCGCUGGACGAGAUGGUGGUGUCCGUCCAGGCGAGCCUGCAGCCCAAGUGGCCGGUGGUGGCCGCGGAGGGCGAGGGCCAGGGGCCCCUGAUCAAGCUGGAGAUGAUGAUCAGCGAGCCCUGCCAGAAGAGCAAGAGGAAGAGCGUCCUGGCCACGGGCAAAGGCCAGGUCAGGGUCAAGUUCGACCCGCACGUCGACCGGCACCAAGGGGGCACCAAUGACAUCGAGGGUGCGAGCCGGGACUACACGGACCCCCUCAGCAAUGCCAUAGGGCGCGAGGGCCACCAGGAGAGGGCGGCGCAGGAGUGGCUGCCACGCGGCGGCGUCGCUGCCGCGGGCCCGGAGGACAGAGGCAACGGCAGCAGCGUGGCCCCGCCACCCCCCGCAGAGAGGAAGGACAAGGGGCUGCUGAGGGGCGGCGGCCCGGACGCCUCCACGAGCUUCCCCGCGCGAGGGCGGCCCCGGGAGCCCAAGCCGUCCAGGGAGCUGACCGUGGCCUCCCGGGGGCUGAGCGACCUGGAGAUCGGCAUGUACGCGCUGCUGGGCGUCUUCUGCCUGGCCAUCCUGGUCUUCCUGUCCAACUGCGUGGCCUUCGCCUGGAAGUACCGGCACAAGCGGUUCGCCGUGAGCGAGCAGGGGCCCGUGCCGCACUCGCACGACUGGGUCUGGCUGGGCAACGAGGUGGAGCUCCUGGAGAACCCGGUGGACGUGACGCUGCCGUCGGAGGAGUGCACGACCGUCCUGGACCGCGGGCUGCCCUUCGAGGAGCGGGACUUCCUGCUCAGCGGCGGCUCCCAGAAGGCCUUCCACAGCCACCUGCUCGGGCCCGCGGACUACGUCUACGAGAAGGACGCGCGGAACGAGCCCGGCACGCCGUCGUCCUCGGGCCCCAAGCGGAAGAGGGUCAAGUUCACGUCCUACACCACCAUCCUGCCCGAGGACGGCGGCCCCUACACCAACUCCAUCCUGUUCGACGGCGAGGACAGCAUCAAGUGGGUGUGCCAGGACGUGGGGCCCGGCGGCCCCCCCCCGGGCUUCCGGGACUACCUGGGGGGGCUGCAGGGCCAGCUGUGAGCCGCGCCCCGGAGUUCGUAUUCACCUUUAUGCCUUCUGUUUUCGCAGCGCUGGAGCGGCGAGGUCGGUUAGCAAUAGGGGGCGACUCGGCAGUGCUGACGUCGUGGGGGCCGGCUGGGGGGUGGAGGGGCC